AUGCUUUUAGACUCAGAAUACUCUUCACAAACAACUGACACAAAUGGAGAUCCUAUUUAUAAAUUUCAAGAUGAAGAUGAAGAUGAAGAAUGCCUUGUUAUCAACACCACUUUUCCAAGCCAACCAGAUCCAAUCCCACCUCCAACAGAUAAUAAAGAAAAUAAAGAAGUAAAGCAUGCUGUCAAAAAAUCAGCAACUAAAAUUAUUUUUGAUUCAUCACAGCCCCAAUUUAAUGAAAAUAAAGAAAUUUUGGAUUUUUCAAACGAAAAGAUGGAUCUAGAUCAGGAUUCUGGAAACAAAACAAUUAAGCAUGCUGUGAAAAAGUGUGCAACAAAGGUAGUUUUUGAAGAAGGGGAAAGCCAGAUGAAUGAGGGGAAACAGCAGAAAAGGAAAAAGAAAGGUGAAAGGGAAAGUUUUGGGAUUUCGCAACAAUCUGAGGAGAAAAUAGGGAAAAAACGGGGUAGGAAAGGCAAGAAAGACGCAGAUAUUAAUGAUCCUGGCAAAAAGCAGAAAACUAACAAAGAGUCAGCAUCAGAACCAAAAUCAGAUGGGGAGACCGAUAAUAACCCUGAUGGAUUAGUUCUUAAAGUUAAGGGGACUAAGGAGCACGAAACAGUAGCGCAUGAAGAGAGCGAAAACCCCGCUGCAAAAGAAAAUCCCAGCAACAGUGAGGUAUCAGUCCCUCAGCAGGAGAAUAGACCAAAUCCAGAAGAUGAAGAAGCAAUUCUUACAAAAAGCACAAGAGAAAUUGGUGCUUUAAAGGUUUUUGAUGAUAAAGCAGCAAAAAAAAGAUCAAAAGUAUCAAAAAGACCUAAAAUACAGCCAUGACUUCCAAGGCCGUACAAAAAAAUUUCUAAGCCACAGCCCAAGCCUCCACAAGAAGUCCCCUUGGUUGAUAAAAUAUCGGCACUAAACCAGUUGAAAAUUGGUUAUAUGAACAAGAAGAAAAUUGCAAUGGCAAAGCUAGAAAAUAUCAAGGGAGAAUAUAGCCAAAUUAAAGGUGAAAACAUUCAAGAGUCUCAAUUAAGAAUUUUCAAUGAAGAUAUACAAUUAAAAAUGCAAAACAAUGAGCCUGGAACGCUAACCUGCUAGUUAAUUUUUUUAAUAUUUUAACUUAAGUUUUUUAGUUUAAUAAUUAUUUAAUAAAUUUGCAAUUUUUUGUUUUUAUUUAAUUGUGGAGUAAGCGAUCUUUGCAGAAGGCUUAAAACUUUCCUUAACCUUUAGAUCCAUAUUUUUGCAAAAUUGUUCAAUUCUAUUUAAUAAAAAAUGUUUAUUAAAAAUAUUUUUUUUUAAAAAAAAUUUUUACUGGGGAAAGUUAGGGAUAAUGCUCAAGUUGGAUUGAAUUCUUACAUACUUAAAAAUAACGAAGAUCUGUAUAUUCUAUUCAACAAAAAUGAAAUUCCUUAUGAUGAUUUGCCUAAUAUAGUGUUGAAUAGGUCAUCAAUUUAUAGAGAAGGAGAUGCUAGAAAGAAAGCCAAAUUAGAUCCAGAUACAACAAAAAGCGAUGAAGUUGACUAUUCGUUCAAUCCAAGCAAAAAGUAA